CAAAAUAUCAUUCGCUUCGAAUUCUUCGUUGUGCUUACUUCGUUAACCUAAAACUAAAUCGAAAAUGUCAGGACGUGGCAAAGGUGGCAAAACCAAGGGAAAGUCAAAGACCCGCUCCAACCGGGCUGGACUUCAGUUCCCAGUCGGUCGUAUCCAUCGGCUUUUGCGCAAAGGAAACUACGCCGAGCGUGUUGGUGCACACGGAAAAAAUUAUUUCAGUAUUUUUUACGAAACUAAUUUAGGACUAGCGGAUAUUUUAGAUUCCUUGACGAAGUUUUUCAUAAACUCAGAAACUUUCACUACUUUAGGCAGAACAAUUUUGGAGAAACUCACAACGUACCUCAACCAGUAGUUCUAUCUGACAAGGAAAUUCAAAAGGAAAUAGACACUAGGAACUCGAUUUAUACGAAUUUGUCAGCAAUAAAUCAAAAUACGCA